AACCGCAGCCAGUCGCCGCAGCACUCCCGUGGCGGAGUUACGUGCGUUCGAUUCAAUAGUCGAACACUCGAAAUAAAUUUCGAAGUAAAAGAAAGUUCUGUGGUCCGUGCCUUAUCAGCUGUUUUUGGAUUCGUGUAGUUGUUACCAGUGGAAAAUGAACAUACUAUGGUGCAGUGUGGUGGUGUUGGCUGCCACUUGGGGGGGCGCUAGCGGGCACGGGCGUCUCAUCGAGCCUCCGUCGCGAGCGUCAGCCUGGCGCUACGGCUUCGACACGCCGCACAACUACAACGACCACGAGCUCUACUGUGGCGGCUUCUCCCGCCAGUGGAACAAAAACGACGGCAAGUGCGGCGUCUGCGGCGAUGCCUGGGACGCCCAACAACCCCGAGCCCACGAGUUCGGCGGACGCUUCUACAAAGGCGUCAUAGUCCGCCGCUACGCGCCCAAACACCCCAUCACAAUCAAAGUAGAACUCACAGCCAACCACAACGGCUUCUUUGAGUUUAGAAUCUGCGACGAAUUCAAAGGCACAACCCAGGAAUGCUUGGACAAGAACGUCCUGAAACUCAACGGACGAGACGACACGAAGUUCUAUCCUCGCGACGGGAACAAAGUUUACGAAAUGAAAUACAUAUUGCCCGAAGGAUUCGAGUGCUCGCAUUGCGUGAUGCAAUGGAGAUACAUAGCAGGUAACAACUGGGGGAAGUGUGAGAACGGCACGGAGGCGGUGGGGUGCGGUCCCCAGGAGGAAUUCAGGGCGUGCGCUGACAUCGCGAUAGGUGACAAGUUCGCGACGACGACCAGGAGGCCCAGGCCUUCGUACGUGCCCCCGAACAGGAGACCAACAGUGCCCACGCCAGAAGAGUCGACUGGCAGCGCAUGGUACGGAGUCGUGGUUGCCAUCGUGGCCCUCUUCAUCGCUUUGGCAGUGCUGGCGGGAAUAUACCUGUACUACUACAGAGGAGGCAUGAAAAUCAAGAGCCUCUUGAAGUCCAAAGUCCCUGCGCCUGCUCCUGUUCCUCCACCGAGGCAUAAAAGGUCUUCCCUCUCUAGAGAAGCCCCACCAGAACUGAUACCUCCCAAAGUUCCCCAUUUACCUGAGUCCGGGUUUGAAACUGUAGAUCUUCGUGCUAAGUGAUACCGUCGUAGUAUAUUUUAAAUAAGUGUUAAGAGGCUAUAGGUUAAGUUAAGUCACUUACCACUGCCUUGAUAGUGAUAUUUUAAGUGAAUUGAUUGUAUGAAGUGUAUGCGCUGUGUGACUCCGGUAUGACUGGUUUUGAUUCGACUAAGUAUUUAAUUCUAAGCUAGGUUUUUAUCAUUGUAAAUUUUAUUUAUUUUAUAAUAAACGUUUACAACAUGUU